AUGUUGCCAGAAAAAGAAGCGGAUAGUUUAAAUGAGGGUUCUUCAGCUUUAGAUCUGUUUUGCGAUAUUCAAUCCGACGAUUCUGGUAAUUUUGAUAUGUCUCAGGCGCAUUUGACUUUUAGUGGAGGCAGUGCUGGUAUAAAAACAGGACAUCCUGAAAAUCCAUGGGUCGAGGAGAAAGGUUUGGUCGACCUAUUUUCUAAUAUAGUUUUGGAAUUUAAUGCCAUUCAGUUCCGUUCAUGUUCCUGUGCUUUUGGUUUAUUACCGAUCGUUACUUCUACUGCUUCCAAGUCUUCAGUUCCAGAUUUGCAUACGAACUCAGUAGAAAUGGAAGAAGAUGUAGAAGCGGAAGCUAUCAGAAAAACGGAAUCUUUGGCAUAUGGCUGCUCGCUUCCAAUAACGAUUCCUUCCGGUCGUUUUUGGCCACCGCGCAAUGUUGUUGAUAGAAAUGAAGGCAACGAGAUGCUUGAUUUUGAUGAGAACUGUGAAGUGAUUGACAAAACUAUUUUGCCUCAGCGCCCUCCAAAGGAUCCCUUUAGCCAGAUGCGUGCCCAGGCUCGUUCAAUUCAGGCAAUUGACAAUCCGGAGCGUUUAUUUGCCGAACUUCCCUCACGACGUCGUUACGAAACGGGUCAGGGAUGGUUUACAUCUCAGGUGACUGCACCAAUGCAAAUAUACUCUGAAAGUGUUACUGCUGCGGUAGAUAUGAAAGAACAAAUGUCGUAUUAA